AUGUCAGCAGAAAUACAAGAUUCUAUGCAAGCGGUUUUUCGUUUGCGUUCAUUACAUCCAGAUGACUUCUAUCGCGACGCUGGAAUGGUCAUCGGGCCCACAUCUGCUGCUGCAGAUGAUGGCUACCUUUUACUUGAUGCAGUACACGGGUCGACCAACACAGAAGGUCUCGUGCCUUUUGGUCAACGAAUCAUGACUGUGAUCAGCUCAGGAGAUGAAGCGCCGACUACGCACAACCUCCCAGACCUCGUCACCAACUAUGGGAAAGCAGAUCUCUUGACUUCUGUUUUUACCCUCUUCCUCAUCUUCUCAUGCACUAUUGCGCUACUUGCACUGGCCUGUGUAGGCCUGAGAUUGUAUGCCAUCAAAGACUUACAUACCCAAAUUCUUUGGUCUUACAAGGCUUGGCAAAGUCUACUCCAUGCUGAGAAUUAUGCAGUGUUAUCCUCCUGCAGGAGAAAUUCAAACACUGGAACAGUUAUAGCGGCAACGCAGAGUAUACUGAAUGAGAAGUCCGAGGAACCCCCGUAUUUCAGUGCUCGUGCGUCUGCACUAUUGUCCUAUGUCUCCAUCACUACCUCCGAUGACUCACGGGAAGACUCAGAGGACGAGAAGUUUCACGAUGCUUUGGACAUUCUGCCGUCUCUCGGCGUGCAAGAUCCGUCACCUGAUUCACCUUUGCGGGAUCUUUAUUUACCACCCAUCCCAACGGCACUCGACCCUACCCCAGAUGAUCGACCCACACCUCCACAAGCAUGUGUACACCCAGCAAUAAAUUCUGAAGCUCGUGAACCACCUGCACGCCCUUCCUGGUCCGUGCGGGUCGCUAGUUCUACUCCUGCACCUCCUUCGUCACCCCUUAUCCAUCCUCGCAGUCGCGCAUACCGUGCUGUGCCUGAGUUUGACAUUGCUCUGGCGAUGCAGCUCAGGCCAGGCCGCGGCGUUGGCGCUGACCCAGCGUGGAUGGUGCGCUUUUUAAUGGCUAUUUUCGGAUGGUUUGCUGUUGCGCUCGCAGGGAACAAAUAA